UCCUGCCAUUGGCCGAUGCGAGUGCGAGCCCUUUUCGCUCAUUGGCUGGUGCGGGCCGUCCAUGAGCGCGAGGGAAAGAGUUGUAAACGCAAAGCGCGUGCUGGAAAAGCCGAGGCGUAGAGCUGAGAGCAGCGCGAGCACCGGGGACCAGCAGGGGCAUCUCUCUUAACAACAUCCAGCCUCUUAUCCGCCCGCUCUCCAUUUAUUUGCGAUUUUUUUCGUUUUUAUCGUUGAAGCCUAAAUUGUAGGAAGCGAUAGGCCCGAAUUUCGCAGCUAGGCUUUUGUUAGCCCGUGUUGAGGGCAGUUACUGUUGCCCCUCAGCGGGGGAGCGCGUUAUCAUCUUUCGGUUAUUUGGGAGGCAAAUCCGCAGCCUCUCACCGCGUGUUCGUUAAAUAUCGAUUUUAGGUGUGUUGUUGCGUAAUUUCGCAUCUGGUAAAACCGGACUGUUACCUGGGAUUAAAAAAAUAAAUAAAGAGUGUUGCGGCUCUUUGUGUGGCUUCUGCUUCGUGUCUCUGUUUGCAAGCUACCAGAAGUUCUGCACUUCGAGCUCUAAAACAUGUGCUCCAGGGUGUGGUUUAUCACAGACCGGCGGAUCAGCCAGGAGUACCCGCAGGUCCAGAUCCUGCGAGCUCUGAAGGAGCGCUGCGCCGAGGACGAUGUUGAAUUCCGCUAUCUUCUCAUGGAUGAGAUCGUCCUGACCAUCACGGAUGGACAGCUCGGUCUGAGGGUUGGGCAGGAAAUCGUUACAUCAUUCCCGCAAGUUGCUGUGAUGCGCGUUCCGACCCCAUGGGUCCAGUCGGACAGCGACAUCACUGUACUGCGUCACCUGGAGAAGAUGGGCUGUCGUCUGGUCAACCGGCCUCAAGCUAUCCUCAACUGUGUCAACAAGUUCUGGACCUUCCAAGAGCUCGCCGGGCAUGGAGUGCCUCUGCCAGACACGUACUCCUAUGGAGGACAUGACAACUUCCGCAAGAUGAUCGAUGAAGCCGAGCCGCUGGGUUACCCCGUGGUGGUGAAGAAUGCUCGUGGACACCGAGGUAAAGCUGUGUUCCUGGCCCGGGAUAAGCAGCACCUCUCAGACCUUUGUCAUCUGAUUCGCCAUGACGCACCGUACCUGUUUCAGGAGUAUGUCAAGGAGAGCCAUGGGCGGGAUGUGCGAGUGGUUCUGGUUGGGGGGAGAGUGAUCGGAUCCAUGCUGCGCUGCUCUACCGACGGACGCAUGCAGAGCAACUGCUCACUGGGUGGGGUGGGAAUGAUGUGCCCCCUCAGUGAGCAGGGGAAGCAGCUGGCUGUGCAGGUGUGCAAUAUUUUGGGGAUGGAUGUCUGCGGAGUCGACCUGCUGCAGUUAAACGACGGUUCUUUUGUGGUGUGCGAGGUCAACGCCAACGUGGGCUUCAUCGCGUUCGACCAGGCUUGUGGGAUGGACGUGGCAGGCACUGUGGCUGACUACGUUCUCUCCCUUCUCCCAAGCCGCCUCAGCAGGAAGAUGUCAUUGCUUUCUGUGGUCUCUAGCACCAGCGAAACCAGCAGCGAGCCCGAGGUGUGUAUCCCAACCGAGGUGAUAAUCCCCACGGAGGUGUGUAUUCCCAAUGAGAUCUGUCCACCCGGCACUACCUGUGCCAUCACUGACGCCGUCUCCACCAUGAGCACAAGCUCCACCUCUAGCGAGAGUGAGGUGGAUCUAACAGAAACAGGCCCCGCCCCCGUCACUGCAGAUCCUGCCUACAAUAUCAACUCCCUUCUCGCGAGUGAGAUAAAACUGUUGACUGAGUGAGUUGGAAUUACAGCCACAAACGCACACUUACAUAUACACAUACACCCACAUACACAAACAUCAAAGAGCGAAAACAUACUGAAGUGGACAUUUUACACACAGAUGCACACAUGUAAUCAUACUAACCCUCCCUGUAAACCCCCGCCUGAGGCUGCUCCCCUGAUGUUUCUUCUCCAUUGACAGACUAUAGAAUUAUACAAGUGUACAGUGCAGUUGGAAGUGCACUAGCUAGUGUACACUCCAGCCUGGCUGUAGUGCACCAGCUGGAUAUGUGUUUGUCACUGUAAUUUGAGGGUGCAUGCACUGUAGAGUGGUUUUACCAGGACGUGAUUCCCAAAUGUAACCUUUCAGCUACCAUCAACUGGAUUCUGAUGUACAUACUCUGGGUUAGGGUACACACAUACUGACAUACACUAUGUGUGUUAAUUAAGACAUAUUAAAGUCUGUAUUAUAGAGAGAGAAUGAAUACAUUUUGUCUGUUACAAACCUUGUGGUAAAGCCUGGCUGAGGGUAUAAUGCAUUGCAUGCAUGGGGCAAGAAAGAGGAAACCGAAUGGACAGGACCAGGAUACUAAGGCACAUACCUCCCUGCCCUCAAAAAGCCCACACAGACACAUAGAGGGACAGCAAGAACAAAAACUGGAAAGCUGUGAAAAUUCUUAUCCAUCCUAACUCUUUUAAAAGCAUGAAUGAGUAGGAGUUAUUUUAGUCUGUUGCAGUGGCUGCCUGUAGUAAAUGAAUUACUAACGAUCAGACAAGCGUAAAGGUUUCAUUUGCUUUGCUGGUGUCAGUAAAAUUGAAUGACUGAUGUGGGACCCGUUUUGAAUUACCUUUCUUAAUGUGCAAGCGAGGAUUUGGCCCAUAGGAACUUCUUUCUCUCAGACAUCUUCUGUCUGGUAAUUCUGUGACGAGGCAGCCAUUUUAGAAAUCCACCAUUUUGGACUGGUUAAAGCAAUCUGUUUGCGGAUCAAUUGUAUGGAAGAUAUUGUGAGCGGGAAAAAAAAAUACCAACGUCUACUACUCAAAUUUGCUAAUGACCACAUGCCAAUCUGCAUGUGUGCCACCCCAAAAGCAAUUUCCCACAGAGUCUGAACAGCGAUUUUCAAAAAAUCCGAGCGAGUAGACUUUUAAAUACGAAUGUUUUUACCACAAGGGCUGAACGUUUUGCCAACACUAAGCGCUGAUGAUGAAUAAGCUAUUUGUCUUCAACGACUUGUUUGUACAAAAAUACUGCAACAAUAAAACUGAAGUUUCAACUCAAA